AUGGCGAAAGUGGAAGAAGUGCACCAAGAUUCAAAUGGCAACAACAUCGUAAAGCAGAAAAAGAAGAGGAACCAUGGCUCAACCGAGUUCUUCGUCUUCGUGGAUUACGUUUUCCUCUCGAUCUUCUUUGCGUUCCUCUGCUUCAUCAUCUUCAAGAUUGUACUCGGCACCACAUCCGAUUCCUUGUCACUCUAG